GUAUUAUCAUUAUGCCAGAUAUCGUUUUAUCCUUCUCGACAACAAGAACAGAACUAUCUGCAUGCAGCCGUUAUUUAUUUAAAAAACGCAAGAAAAAAACGAAUAAUUUCGUCUAAAGAAGUUUUAAUGUCAAUGCAAGAGCCCACACAAAAGGCAAUUCAUUUAAUUGAAUCGAGUAAUGAUAUGAAGGUGCAAUCGACUUUUCCUCCACCUUUGUUUGAUAUACCUAUACAUCAAACAGAUGAAACUUUGAGCUCGCCCGAAUAUCGACGUAGUAUUUUAACGCUUGAUGACGAAAAUGGAAAAAAAACAGAGACGUUUAAUGAGACGCAGACUUGUUUAUCAAAAGGAGAGGAUUUCGCUAUACAUAAGGAACGGGUUCAGCCAAAUUUAAUCAAGUGUAUAAUGAGCGAUAAAAAGCAAAAGGAAGUUGAUUCUUAUACACUCUCACCUGAUAAAAUGUAUCAAAUACAAGAGGGCGAAAAUCAUAACUUGACAGGAAACCUUUCAAAGGCAUUUAUAAAAGAUUGCGACCCAGAAACGAAUAACAUAUUAAAAUCUCUUGUUCAAUCGUCUCAAACGUUAAACACAUCUAUUAACGUUCUCAUAGGGGUAAUCAAUGAAUUAGGAGGAAAAUUUGACAGUUUACAAUCUAGAAUAAACUUGAUGGAGAGUUCUAAGCAAACUUGCGGGCGUUACUCAGGCAUUGUUCGACCGGACAUUUCCAAUAUUAACUGUUUGCAUAGGGAGGAAGGAGAUUUUGAGAAAAUUACAAAUCCUUUGAAGAAUAAAAUAAAUACUACAGAAAUGAAAUCUUACUUCAAUACAUCGCCAACAUCAGAAAGUGUUAAUACAAUAUAUAAGAAACCUACGACAAAUCCUUUUUCCUCAUCGGAUCAACUUUAUCGUGUUUCAGCGGAAGAAGAAAGUGGACGUCAACGUUUAGAAGAACUACGAAGGAUUGAAGUAGAAAGGCAAUACCUUCUGGAACAACAGAAAAAAAGAGUGCUACUUGAUAAAAAAGCAAAAGAGCUCAUGGAAACAAUAUCGUUAACACAUGAUAAGUCGCCUUCAUCUCUUUUUGACGAAAAUGUAGAGAGAUGUGAUUUAACAAAGGACUGUAAACGUCAUACCACUGGAUUUAAUCCAUUAUUUGAGUGAUUGUUUUUUUUAAAAAAG